UUUUUUUUCAGGGCACAGCACAGAUGCUUUUGAACUGAUCCGUCCAAACCACAAAGACUUCAACCCACUAACACCCUCAACGAAAUAAUGCAACACUAAUCCCCCCAACGCAAGCUUUUCCAAUAUAUGGAGCUGAAAGAACCUGUGAUAAUGGACGUUACAGAGUCAUUUCGAACCGACCAAGACAUGACAAAGACGGACUUCUUCGACUUUGUCGUAACUCCGGACUCCAACGACGCGCAGUCCAUACAGCAGUUCACCAAACAGAUGCGCACAGUCAACGCGUUCCUCGGCAACGGCACCGGAGAGGAAAACAGGGAGACCAACAACAACAUGAUCAUCACCGAGAUCCCCACCACUACCUCAGACUCACUCACAUCCUUCGAUGCAAAUUUGUGGAGCGAAAAGGACACUGUUAAAAUCGAAACUGCCAUUUUAGAAGACUUGAACAAGUACUGGGCCAACGACGAGGCUAACGGAGUGGUUCAGAUCAAACCAGAAAGCGCAAGUAGCGGGAGUAGUAAUAAUAACAACACGGAUGGACAGAUAUACACCACACUCACGGUACUCAACGGGAUCGACCAGAACACGACGUGGUACCGACCGCCCAUUACCAUCAAGGAAGAAGACGUUUCCAUGUCGAGUCCUGGCUCGAUGGAACACCUACAAGCCGGUCUGGAUAUCGAGUCGAUUUUGAGCAUAAUGCCCGCGCAUAUUUGCACGUUUCCCAACACCUACAAUGACGGAACAAUGAGCCCGAACACUGACGGUUUGAUCAAGUCUGAAACCUACACCUACGAAGACAGUGGCUUCGCUGAUAACGGGAAGGAAGAACUAGCAAACUCUUUGAUAAUAGACACUCCCUUACUUGAAGCACAUGACAGCUUCAACAACAAUAAUAACAAUGACUGGAAACUGAUGAACAACAAUAACACUCAGCAAAAUGGAUCUUCGGAUUCAUUAUUACGGAACGCAUUACAAGGGAAAGCUUUUGUUCGAUACAAUAGAGAGGUUAAACCGACAAAAAUUCCAGAUGACAACGUAGAGCUUCGAAGGUGUUUAUCAGCAUCACCGACCAAAACAGAGACGAUUUAUAUAACGAAGGAGGAACCAGAGCAUAUACCUACGAUAGUUGCUGGAAUUGACGCAAAUGGAAAGGUAGUUUUCGAAGAGCAAGUUCCGAACAGGUCGAUGGAGAGUUCUGAAAACCCUACUAGCACCCACAGUAUGGACGACAUUCUACUAAGUCAGCUUGAUAACCCUUACUCGGAAGAUUUCGAGAAAUUAAAACGAAUAGCUAAUGAAGUAGCUGAAUCGGUGAAUUUCUGUAUAAACCCUUCCUCGGCGGAGAAUACAGUUCAAACCAACAUCAACACAGACCAAAUAGGGAUUUUGUACAACAUUUCCUCGCCUAUCCAGAUCACUACACCUACGGUAACCAGCACAAAACCAACGAAAAAAUACAAAAGAUCAAAUAGCGGAAACAAAUCACAGUCUAACCUCCAGAACCCCACUUCAACGAAUAAUGGAGUUCGGAAAGAGAGAUCACUGCACUACUGCAGUAUCUGCUCGAAGGGUUUCAAAGACAAAUAUUCGGUUAAUGUCCAUAUCAGGACGCAUACAGGGGAGAAACCGUUCGCUUGCAGUUUGUGUGGUAAAACUUUUAGGCAGAAAGCACACCUGGCCAAGCAUUACCAAACGCAUAUAGCGCAGAAGAACGCAGCAACUGGUGGUAAUGUGUCCUCAACGAAAACCAAAUCAAGGUAGCUUGACCUCAAUGAGAAUCGAAUCUUCUAAAUCGAUAUAGUAGUUAAAGUACAACAAUCUUUAAAAGUAUGAAGCAUUGCAGAAUGUUAUUUCUUAGACUAUUUAGAAUAAUAUACACAGCACGAAGAACGGGCAUCUUAAAAUAUUGAUAUAUUUUAAAGUUUAAUAUUUUUUGUUCUAUCGUGCCGAUUUUGAUGAUUUUUUUAAGC